AAUAACAUGUUCUUUCAAGCAUUAACUUAUGAGUUACAGAGUAACCUGUAGGGACAGUUGCCAUAGAAACCUAGCUCAUUAUAAUGAGAAAGACAAGUAUGAAAGCAGGGUUGAUUUACACACCUACUAUUUUAACCGCUACCAAAAGUGUUUGUUGCUUUUGUACUUUGGCAUCAGACAGAGAUGUGUCAGGACUAGCAUUAAGUUCGUCAGCAGGGGAGAUGAGAAGACCACCAGUUUGUCAGCCUUAGGACAAGGAGAAGGACAAUGGGAUCCACAGGCUCCAGACGCAGGCUGCGUACAGUGGCUCCAUGUAAUAGCCUGCAACAAGAGGGGGCAAAACCUAAACCACAGUGGACACUCCCUGCUCUGCAGGUCGCUGUGGAGAAGCAGUCAGGAUCUCAGAGGAAGACAACCUUACCUCCACUGAAACAGGAAAUAACUCUCUCCACACUCUCAGAACCAAGUUUUGCAGGAAACAUCCUACCAAAGCACAGCAACAAUUCAAGCAUCAUUCACUCCCAUCCACCCCGAAGAGCCCAGGCACUGCAACCACUGGCCCUUCAAAUUGGCCACACAAGCACUGCCAAUCAAAUUGCCAUGGGCAGGGACUGCAGAGAUGGGGGUGUCCACCGGUUUUCUACAACCGGCCAGACAGGACACUCCGGCACCAGCAGAAUGAUUCAGGGAGGGUUCCUGGAGGCCCAGACAGCUCUCACUCAACAGGCUCUUCGCCAUCGGCGAGCUCACCUCCGACAUGCCAGAGAGCAGAGAAGACAUAAGGUUGUCUACACAGUUAAUGGUCCAAAUAGAGAAGGGAUCCAGAGACUGAAACUUGUGAGAAGGCCCACAGAGAGGGACAUCUUCUGGGAUGAGACUACAGGAGAAAGUCUGGACCCCAGCUGCCUUCUGGACACCAUGUCUCUGCCUCACCUCAGUGAAGAGAGACAACAUAAGCAGCCAAAGAAACAGCUCCUGGACACAGGAGAGGACAGGAUCCAGAAAGAUUGAGCUCAAGAAGCCAGAAACAGAGAGGAAAGAACUCAACAAACUGGACAUAGGGAACUGUCUUUAGAACACAACCUAUCUUGUUAAACUGAUUGGGAAAUAGCAGGAAUAGAAGUGUAAAACAUAGAAGGAUGGUUGGAUGUGGCCUGAGUCAGCCAGAAGCUGUCAGACAGCGAGGAUAUGAUGUGCAAGAGGAAUAUGGGAUUAUAAAAUGGACAUGCAGUCAACCAACAAUAUGCAAUAUAAACAAAACUCUUGAUGCUCCAGGAAUAUUGCUUUGAUGGCUGAGUUUAUGGUGCCCUCUAUGGGUGAAAGUGGUGCUGUUGAGGCAGUGAGUCUGAAGCUUGUUUAGCCUUUUCCACAAUUUUGACACCAAAUGUCCAAAAAUUCAUUUUAUAUUUAAUUCAAAGAUUUGGGAUUCAAAUCAGCCAGCUUUGAAGCUUGUCUAUUACUGGGAAUUUGGUGUAGAGGUUAGUACAAAGGAAUCUUUUAGUAUACAAAGAUAUCCCCUUGUUUGAAAAUCUGUGCUCUUGAAGAAUAAUUACACUGAAAACAGGAAACAGCUAACUGCACCAUAAUUAUUCAAGUGGUCUCCCUGAGGCCAGCUCUUAGUGGGUUUAGAGAGGCUAAGAGUAACUGGACUCCUACCAAACACCUGAGGCCACAGUGGCCAACAAAAACCUGGUCCUCAGACAUGGCGCGUUAGAUGAACAGUGCUGAGAUCACGACGCACAGCAGGCGGCUGCACAGGAAUUAAAUCAGUAAAGAUUACCUGGCAGUGGUUGAGUAGAAGUAUUUCAAUAGAAGAAAUGAGCAUUAAACUGUAUCAAAGAAAGCCAAACAUUCUCACAUGAACUUUAGUGUACUCCACCACUGGGUGUCAUUAUUGGGCUGAGGGACACAGUGAGGUAAACUCCCACAGUUGAGUGGUUAACAGUUGCAGUGUUUGUAAAAGUGGAGUAAAUGUUUUGGUUAUCAAAACCUUUUGGUUUGAAAGAUAAUCUAAGCAUUCAAGACUUUGCAACCUUGUAAUAUAUAUUAACCUGGUUUAUGAAAUCAACACUGCUGCUUUACUGUCACAAAUUGCCUGUGUGAGUUUUAUUUUGAUGAUUAUUGUAAAAAAAAAAAAAUUAAGUGAAAUCCCUUUCCUGUAUGUGUGUAUAGAAAAGCAAACAAUGAUGAAAUAAAUAAUUAGUUAAUUAAUGAUUCUAAAAAACACUGUACAAUCAAAAGGCCCAAAGGUGUGUGCUGAAGGCACUGGAGUGAGGCAAAACAUUAAAAUGAGUCUGUCUACUUAGCAAGCCAUUCAAUCAACAAAGCAAAGUCUGCCAGUGAGAGGCCACUGACUUCAGACUUGAGGAGCCAGACUGACCACAUAUUGGGAUACUGAGGAGAUUCAGAGUGGCCCAACUCUUCAAAAAAAACUUCUCCUUUUCCAGUUCGCUAGCCACACACACUGGGCCUUAAAGCCAAAUCAUCAUGGAAGGGGAGAGCCGAGAGGUCUCGGUGUCUGCCACUCCACACUGCUACAUAAAAAGAAGGUGAAGGAUGCCGUGUGAGCAAUUGGUUCCAAUUGACAGAGGAUUGGUCAUGGUCAGCCUUCUGAGUGGAAAUCCACGUGAGAAUGCAGCAUUUGGACCAGCAAGGGGCACAAGAGGCCAACAGCAGACAAUGAGGGCACUCAGAGGAGUCUGGCUGCUGCGGAUAUAUGGGGCACAAUCUCCUCUGAUUUAACCCUUCAUCGGCUAGUUAUUUUUUCAGCUUAACACACUGAGGUGGAGCUUUCAUGGUAGAAAUGUAACAGUUCAGAAACUCACCGUAGUUCAGGUUAAUAGUAAACAGUGAAAAAUGUCUGGAACUAAAUGCCCCUUUUUAAAUAAUUUCUUUAUAAUUAAGUACUGAUUGUAAAAGUGGGUGUACCUUGACACGUGUGUUAGAACAAUA